AUGCAAAGUUUGUGUCGCUCGACAUCUUUUCUUUCAGCGAGAAACCAUCAUUUUCAGUCAAUUAAGUCUUCGAGAGAAUAUCGAUCAUUAAAGACCAAUGCGAACAAUACAAACAUUUCUCAAAAUACUAAAGAAUAUUCAGAAGGUUUUGUGGGCUCAACUGACGUGUUAGGAGAUCAAACGGAGCGGUAUUACAAACCCAUAACGGAUCUUGUUCGUAACCAAAGUGCUCGAAUUCUUGGCUCCUUCAUCAAUAGACAACCCCGUCGCAUUGAUACACAUCAUCAUAUCGUUCCCGAGUUUUAUGCUCAAGCUGUACAAGAAACUGGUGGAGAUCCAUCAGGCUGGCCAACUCCAAAAUGGUAUCCUCAGCUAGCAAAACGAAGUAUGUCUCUUUUGGGUGUUGAACUUGCGAUUGUUUCAAUCACAGCACCUGGUACCAAGAUUUAUGAAGGCAAUAAGGAAAAGGGUAGAGUUCUAGCUAGAAAACUGAAUGAAUAUUCAGCCGAUUUGGUAAAGAACAAUACCGGAAAGUUUGGAUUUUUCGCUUCACUACCAUCAUUGAUCGAUGUUGAAGGUACUAUUGCUGAAAUAGACUACGCUCAUUCAAUUCUCAAAGCUGAUGGAUUCACAUUAUUUACGAGUUAUGAUCACGGCAAGUAUCUCGGUCAUUCUUUGUUUCAACCAAUCUGGGCUAAAUUAAGCGAAAUAAAUCCCGUUGUUUUUAUUCACCCAAGUGAAGCACCUACUACAAAAGUCAACUGUUACAUGCCACAACCACUCGUCGAUUAUCCUCAUGAAACAACUCGAACAGUUGCAGAUCUUGUUCUCAGCGGUACACGUGCUGCAUUCCCCAACAUCAAUAUCAUCUUAUCUCAUGCAGGUGGCACGCUUCCAUUUCUUGCCCAACGUAUAGCAGGCGCAGGAUUUAUUCGAUCUUUGAGCUGCCCUCGAGGACCUCGACAAAUUUUAUCCGAUUUACGUUCCUUCUACUUUGACACAGCUUUGUCAUCGAGUGUUCCCCAACUCAAAGCGCUCCUGGAAUUUGCUGAUCAUUCCAAAAUUGUAUUUGGAAGUGAUAUUCCAUAUGCUUCACUUCCAGUAUCCCUUUAUAUGACCAAAUGUCUCGAUGCUUUUUUCAACAAGAAUUACAACACGACCAAGAGAAAGGACUUGUGGCAUAACAUCAAUCGAAAUAAUGCCAAAGCUUUAUUUCCUCAUAAGAUUAAAGAUUGA